AAGCCGUCCAAUCGAGCCGUGUUGCUAGCAGAGGAAGAGUGCUUAUGGAGGAGCGGCAGCACAUCUCCCACUGGAAAACAGGCGCACAUCAGCUCCACUUGCAGAAAGAACUGUUGAAUGUCUCCAGCAUGUCAUUGUCAGCCUGGCGUGACUAGAAGAAGUUGUCCGUGGAUUGCGGAAGCGGAGGAACUAGGGGUGUCAGGUUAGUCCACCAGGCCGUUUAAUUGGAAAGAAAGCUGCUGAGCUUAUGACUUGAGCGCCAAAUCAGCGCAAAUAACUGGUGGAUUUCAUCAUCACCACACAUAGUCAGCGAAUCCGCACUUAGUUCGCAAACAGGUGGUUUUAGGGCGCCUUAUCGCGGCAAUGAGGGUUCACUUGGCGUUAACGCUUUGAUUCGUGCUGCACAAAGUAUUCAUUUGUGGCGGAUUCGGACCAGGUUUUGGGUCCGUGGGUCUAAAUGAUCAGCUCCGUUUGUGUUUCGUCUUACCGAGGGCGAAAGUCCGGCAACAAACCUCCAUCUAAAUCAUGCCUCAAGGAGGAGAUGUCCAGAGGUGAAGAUUCGGAUAAAAUCAUCAUCAACGUAGGUGGCACCCGACAUGAAACCUACAAGAGCACGCUCAGGACCUUGCCUGGGACCCGCCUGGCAUGGCUGGCCAACCCGGACCCUCAGGUCAGCUCCGAGAGGUCGUCAGACUCGGCGCCUCCGGGCACCAACGAAUUCUUCUUCGAUCGACACCCAGGCAUCUUCGCCUAUGUGCUCAACUACUAUCGGACAGGGAAGCUGCACUGCCCGGCCGAUGUGUGCGGACCACUCUUCGAGGAGGAGCUGGCAUUUUGGGGCAUAGAUGAGACAGACGUGGAGCCAUGCUGCUGGAUGACAUAUCGUCAGCACCGAGACGCAGAAGAGGCCCUGGAGACGUUCGAACCGCCAGAACCGGACGACACGGAUGACGAAAGUGAGAUGCCCAGGAGGUUUGGCAUUGAGGACUGCCCCGACAGGUCGAGGGGGUGCUGUGAAGUUUGGCAGCCUAAGAUCUGGGCCCUAUUUGACGACCCCUACUCAUCCAGAGCAGCUAGGGGAGUGGCGCUUGCGUCCCUCUUCUUCAUCCUGGUAUCCAUCACCACCUUCUGCUUGGAGACUCACAAAGCCUUCAACGAGCUGAAAAACCGCACAGAGCUGGUGGUUGUGGGCAACAUGACACAUUCAGAGGAGAGGUGGGAGAUGGUGACCAAGCCCAUCCUCAUCCUGGUGGAGGGUGUCUGCGUCGUCUGGUUCACCUUUGAAUUCCUAGUGAGAAUCAUCUGCUGCCCAGACAAGUUGGUCUUCAUAAAAAAUACCCUGAACAUAAUUGACUUUGUGGCUAUUUUACCCUUCUACUUGGAAAUGGGCCUGAGCGGCCUGUCAUCCAAAGCGGCCAAAGACGUGCUGGGUUUUCUCCGAGUGGUGCGGUUUGUUCGUAUUCUUCGGAUCUUCAAGCUGACACGACACUUUGUUGGUCUACGUGUGCUUGGACACACUUUGAGGGCCAGUGUCAAUGAAUUCCUCCUGCUCAUCAUUUUUUUGGCACUGGGUGUGCUCAUCUUCGCCACCAUGAUAUACUACGCCGAGCGUAUCGGCGCCAGUCCAGACGACCCCACGGGCUGUCAUCACACACACUUCAAGAACAUCCCUAUCAGCUUUUGGUGGGCCGUCGUCACCAUGACAACUCUAGGCUAUGGAGAUAUGUACCCGCAGACGUGGUUGGGCAUGAUGGUGGGAGCGUUGUGUGCGCUGGCCGGGGUCCUGACCAUCGCAAUGCCGGUCCCGGUCAUCGUGAAUAACUUUGGGAUGUACUACUCACUGGCCAUGGCCAAACAGAAGCUGCCCAAAAAGAAGAAUAAGCACAAUCCGAAUCCAGAUACUCAAACGGACUCUGCAUCGUUUGGAAAGUCAGAGACAAACUCACACAGAGACAGCACUCAGAGCGACACUUGUCCACUGGCGGCUGAGGAGAACGUGAGCAGGAACCGAUCAGACUCCAAACAGAACGGGGAUGCAAAUGUGGCCCUCUCAGAGGAGGAAGACAGCAGUCUGACCCAGCCGUUGUCCCCCAAUGAAAAGUGGUCCCUGCGUUGCUCCCGGGGGCGAGACAGAACUAAAAAAGAAGCUACCUGCUUUCUACUAAGCCCAGGAGACCCCAGCAUCCAUAGUGAAAGCUGCAAAGACAUGUUGGCGGCACCUGCAAACUACACUCAGCCAGAGGUCACCACUCUAACUUGAUGCUGAGUGGCUAUUAAAAGAAAGAGAAAAGAGCACGAACUGAAGGUGCAGCGCUUCAGCAUCUGUCUCUAUUUUUUCCCUUUCCUUUCCAAGGAACUGUUGACUGGAUUAUUUUUUAGGACAUUUUUUUUUGUGUCUCUAGCAUACAUACAUCUACAGUCAUGGUCAAAACUUUUAAGAAUGACAGCAUUGCUUCUUCACUGUUUUUAGAUAUUUUUGUAUAAUGUGUAAAUACAAGAAUUUCAUACAUGGCGAAGGCUUUUAUUGACAGUUCCAUUAAGUUUUCAUUCACAGACACCAUGACAUGCUGUCAAUUCACUUCUGGGCCACAUCCUGACUCAUGGCAGCCUGUUCUCGCAUCAUCAAUGCUUGGAGUUUUUUUCAGAAUUUGCAAGUUUUUGUUCGUCCACCCGCUUCUUGAAGACUGACCACAAGUCCUUAAAGGGAUUAAGAUCUGAGGAGUUUCCUGACCAUGGACACAAACCGAUCCACUAAACGAACCAAUCACGGUGGGGAUAUACCUCACCGUGAUUGGUUCGUUCAGCCGAGGUCCCGCCCUCGAAAGCCAUAUACCUCACCGUGAUUGGUUUGUUCAGCUCCGCACACGACAAGUGUCAUUCAUAUCAAAAUUGCGGGCCACACGAAUAUUAAUCUUUCACAUUAAGACAGGGCGGCGAGUCUGAGACCCCUGGUGUAGGCUGCAUACCUAACACUCAUGGAUUUGUGACUGCUAAGGCAUUAAUAAAGUUGAUAGAAAAUCAAAAAAAGUUGGUUCCAUUGCCAGUGUCACAGUGCCCUCUACUGGUCAAGCUGCAAACGUACCUGCAAAUGCAAACACGACAGCCUCCAUCUCCUCUCCCCUCGCCAAGAAGACAGUUCUGUCUCAAGGUAUGUUGACGUAUUACGACUUGUACGUAACAUACAAAUAACAUGUGUGAACGUGUGCGUCAACGAUCACAUAACUUAUUGCCGGCGGAUGCGGGACGUAUGAAUCAUACGUUGACAUACGUGACAAAGUUUUAUGCAUGCACAAAAUUUUUGGACGACUUCGACGUACUACGACGUACGCCAACGUAUUGGCCAAAUUUUUCAUACGUUGGCGUAAGCUGGCUAAAUCGUCAAGGUGUGACAGGCGUUGGGCGUUGGGCAUAAAUUGUGAACACCGGCAACACGCUACGCAUUCGUUGAUAUAAGUUGUCUAUAAGUUAGAGAAACGUUCUAUAUAAGUUACUAAUACGUCAUGUUUACGUUGAACUCGUUAUGAAUACGCUAUGUAUACGCCCAAAAUUGCAAAAAAACGUCGGCAGUUCAAUGUCUGCCAUCAAAAUGAUCACGUCAGGCAUGCGCUGCCUAAAUCGUCAAGGUGUGAUAGGGCCCUAACAACAACUGAACCUCUCUCCUGGAAGUUCCUGAUGAUCUGAUAUAUGAUUGAUUUAGUUGCAAUAUCCUUACCAAUGAAGCUUUUUUUGUGCAAAGCAAUGAUGACUGCGUGUGUUAACCAUGGUUAACAGAGGAAAAACAACAAUUUGAAGCACAACUGUCCUUUUCAAGCUUCCAAUCUGUUAUUCUAACUCGACCAGCAUGGCAGAGUCAUCUUCAGCCUUUGUCCUUGUCAACACACUCACUGUGUUAACCAAAGAAUCACUGACAUGAUGCCAGCUGGUCAUCUUGUGCAGGGCUGAAAUGCAGUGGAAUUGGUGUCUAAGAGGACAUGACUAACAGGGACUUUGCAAUUCAUUGCCAUUCUUCUUAUCACACUUCACAACAUUCUGGAGUAUGUGCAUUGCCAUUAUAAAAAUGAGGCAGCAGACUUUGUGGAAAUUACUAUUUGUGUCAUUCUCAAAACGUUUGGCCAUGGCUGUACUGUGGUGAAUGUAAGUUGCAUUGCAUACAUUCAUGGUGUAUGUAACAUAUGUUUUAAGGCAUGUAUUGCAUGAUCUGUGUGUUCAGUGUGUAUCAUUUAUUAGAUUAACCUACAGUAUGUAGCAACAUGUGCAUCCAAUCUUGUAUUGUUAGUUUUACUUGUAGAUUUAUGUAUGGAGUACAAUGUAAAGAAGUGGAUGGGUUUGAACUCAGUACGUAUUAUGUAUUAUGUUCGAAAACCCAAACAUCUGUCAAUAAGGGUAAAUGUGAACUAUUAGAUAAAAACUGUUUUAUUCUUAGGGGUAAAAGCCUGAAAUGUCUUCAUCAUGCACCUUCUGAUGUGCAGAUCUUUAUCCAGAUGCAGCAUGGUCAGAUAGCAGGUUUGUAAAGUAAACCCUUUGUACAGUUUUAAAACAAGUUUAAAAAUGUUUUGUCUGCUUAUGACAUUGACUGUAUCAAUACUGGUUGAGUUAGGACCAAAUGUACACAGUACUAGAUUCCAUUUUCAUGACCAUCUUUAGUAGAAGACACUUGCAGUCCAAAGGUUGCAUUUUGGCCUCACGUUGAGUAAUGGCACUCGACUACGUGCUGUAAUGUAAUCUGAUUUCUUCCUGCAAGUUGUGAGAAAAGCAGCUGUUGUGUGUUUCCGCACUAUAGGACUAUAAAUGUUUCUGUUUUAUAGUCCUCCACACAGUCUACCAUAGUGGCCUUAUGUUUAUUAUUACAACUACACCUCCAUUUAUAGCUAUUGUUUAUAAGCUCAUUUGUAAGUAGCCCAGUAGAAUAUUCUAGAACACAUCUGUAUAUAUGACAUGUAUAUGUACCAACGAAUGACAAAUUAUUAUUUUGAUAAUUCACCUUUUUAGGCUUACUUCCUGUUUUUGUGUAAAUGUGAUGAAGAAGCACACCAAUCUGUUUCCAAUUCAAGACCCCAGUCAGUCAGAUGUCAAGUGUGUGUGUGUGUCUGUGUGUGUGUGUGUGUGUGUGUGUGUGUGUGUGUGUGCAUGUGUAUUAUGUAGGCAUGUGUGUCUAUGCAGUUAUGAAUAAAAUCAACCCUCUCAAGCGCUGUAUUGCAGAUAAAUCUUUUUAUUUCUGACUUUCUGACUUCAAUGUGCUUCUCCACUAAUAGUGACUUUAAUGUGGUUGCUCUCAUGCAUUCCCAGCUAACGUGUGCCUCCAGGUUGGUGCACUGAAGGUGUAGAUGGCGUACAGAAUACAU